AUGGAUGAAUGUGUUGAUGGGACUGACAACUGCCAUAUUGAUGCCAUCUGCCAGAACACUCCCAAAUCAUACAAAUGCAUCUGCAAAUCUGGUUACACCGGGGAUGGGAAGCACUGCAAAGAUGUUGAUGAAUGUGAGCGCGAUGACAAUGCUGGCUGUGUUCAUGAAUGUGUCAAUAUCCCAGGAAAUUAUCGAUGUACCUGCUAUGACGGCUUUCAUCUUGCACAUGAUGGUCAUAACUGUCUCGAUGUGGAUGAGUGUGCAGAGGGGAAUGGUGGCUGCCAACAAACCUGUGUCAACAUGAUGGGAAGCUAUGAGUGCCAUUGCCGUGAAGGCUUUUUCCUGAGUGAUAACCAGCAUACCUGCAUCCAGCGUCCUGAAGAAGGAAUGAACUGCAUGAACAAGAAUCAUGGUUGCGCACACAUCUGUCGUGAGACCCCCAAAGGUGGCAUUGCCUGUGAAUGUCGACCUGGCUUUGAGCUCACUAAGAAUCAACGAGAUUGCAAAUUGACUUGCAACUAUGGUAAUGGAGGUUGUCAGCACACCUGUGAUGAUACAGAUCAAGGUCCAAAAUGUGGUUGCCAUGUGAGGUUUGUGCUACACUCUGAUGGGAAAACGUGCAUAGAGACCUGUGCUGUUAACAAUGGAGGCUGUGAUAGCAAAUGCCAUGAUGCAGCCCUAGGAGUUCACUGCAGCUGUCCCAUGGGAUUCAUGCUUCAGCCUGACAGAAAAACUUGCAAAGAUAUAGAUGAAUGUAGGUUGAACAAUGGUGGCUGUGACCACAUCUGCAGGAACACAGUGGGCAGUUUUGAAUGCAGUUGUAAAAAGGGAUAUAAAUUGCUUAUCAAUGAAAGGACAUGCCAAGAUAUUGAUGAAUGCUCCUUUGAUAGAACUUGUGACCACAUCUGUGUAAAUACACCAGGGAGUUUCCAGUGCCUGUGUCACAAAGGCUACAUGCUGUAUGGAGUCACCCACUGUGGAGAUGUUGAUGAAUGUAGUGUCAAUCAAGGAGGUUGCAAGUUUGGAUGUGUAAACACCCCAGGUAGCUACGAAUGUACCUGCCCUGCAGGUUGCAAACUUCAUUGGAAUAGAAAAGAUUGCAUAGAGCUGGAGAUUUGUUUGGCUGGCACAGUAUCUCCACGAGCCAUACUUACCUGCAACAAGAAUGGCAAGAAGGAAAGCUGCUCCCUCACCUGUGCCUCCAAGGCUCGCUUUCUGCCAGAAUCUGACAACAGCUACACUGUGAGCUGUGGGACCCCAAUUCUGCAACAGGUGUCUCCACCAAGAUCCAGCAAUGGUAGCCAUCCCUGCAUUGAGGCUGUUGCUGCUCCAAUCAAACAAAAGGCUUCUUUUAAAAUUAAAGAUGCUAAAUGCUACCUCCAUCCACACAUGAAAGGCAAGCAGGAUGAUACUGGCAGGAAUGGUGGACUAGGCGGAUCAGCCCCUUGCUCAGAUUGCCAAGUGUCUUUUGUGAACCUAAAGUGUGAUUCAUCAAAGAAAGGCAAAGGACGUCGGGUUCGCAACUCUCCCAACAAAGAAGUGACUCGCAUCACCCUGGAGUUUGAAGCUGAAAUCAAACCUGAAGAGAUCACAGCUAGCUGCAGCCUGAACUGUGUACGGCAGAAGAUUGAGAAAAAGCUGAAGUUAGCUAUCAAAGCCUUGAAGAAAUCUAUAAACCAGGAGCGAUUUCUCAUUCGUGUCUCAGGAAUGGAAUAUGAGGUGGCCCGGAAGCUGAGCUUGUCUCCUGAGAGACAGGAGAGUUGUGGGCCAGGACAGCAGAGGCUGGCAUCCAAGUGUGUUAGCUGCCUUCCAGGAACAUACUACCAUGGCCAGAUGGAGCAGUGUGUCCUUUGCCCUCCCGGGACCUAUCAGGAGAAAGAAGGCCAGCUCUCCUGUGACCUUUGCCCUGGGAGUGAUGCUUUUGGGCCUACUGGAGCAACAAAUAUAAGCGCUUGCGCAGGUCAGUGCCCACCUGGACAAUAUUCUGUAAAUGGCUUUAAACCCUGUCAAUUGUGUGUGCGUGGCUCUUAUCAGCCUGAAGCUGGCCGAGCGUUAUGUUUCCAUUGUGGUGGAGGGUUGACCACCAAGCAAGAUGGAGCUUUUUCCUUCCAGGAUUGUGAUACUAAAGUUCAGUGCUCUCCAGGCCAUUAUUACAACACCAGUGUCCAUCGCUGCAUUCGUUGUGUUAUAGGCACCUAUCAGCCAGACUUCCGUCAAAACUAUUGUAUUGCAUGUCCUGGGAAUACUACAACGGACUUUGAUGGUUCAACUUCUGUAUCACAGUGCAAAAACCGUCAAUGUGGUGGGGAACUGGGAGAGUACACUGGCUAUAUUGAGUCUCCCAAUUACCCUGGAAACUAUCCUGCAAAUGUGGAAUGCACUUGGAACAUCAACCCACCUCCAAAGCGCAAGAUUUUGAUUGUGGUGCCUGAAAUCUUCCUGCCUUCUGAGGAUGAAUGUGGGGAUGUCCUGGUGAUGCGGAAAAAUUCAUCUCCGCCCUCCAUCACAACCUAUGAGACAUGCCAGACUUAUGAGAGGCCUAUAGCAUUCACUGCAAGGUCCCGAAAAUUAUGGAUUAACUUUAAAACCAGUGAAACUAACAGUGCCAGAGGCUUCCAAAUUCCUUAUGUCACAUAUGAUGAGGAUUAUGAACAGCUGGUGGAAGACAUUGUCCGAGAUGGCAGACUCUAUGCAUCUGAAAAUCAUCAGGAAAUAUUGAAGGAUAAGAAGUUAAUCAAGGCUUUCUUUGACGUGUUAGCUCAUCCACAAAACUACUUUAAAUACACCGAAAAACAUAAGGAAAUGCUGCCACGCUCCUUCAUCAAACUCCUUCGCUCCAAAGUUUCAAGUUUUCUUAGACCUUACAAAUAGCCUCAUAUUUUCACCAACCUUCCGGGUUUCUCGGCUGCCAAGAAAACUUUUUUUCUUAUGCUUAUUGUUACUUUUCGGUGAAUUUUUUCUACAAAUAGAAACCCGCCAUCUUCACUAUGCAGAUGCAUCUAAUAUUUGGUCAUUCCUUGGCUUUUCUUCAAAUCAAAUUUACUGAUGAUUUGGCCCUGGAAGGAACAACUGGCCACAAGGAACUAAGUCCCCUCCCUUGGGUUUCCAUACUGAAGCCUCAGUCUGUUGAGAGCACCCAUCUCAGUAAGUGACACACUCUUCACAAAAGUCCUCUGCUGGGACCAGUAUCUCCCAGUCAAUUCAGCUUUCUCAUAUAUAUAUGCCAUCAUGUGUGGCUCCUUGUGCUGCCAGGCAGUUGCUAAAGAUGCUGUUUGGGUACAUUUCUCUGCAUGACUGUUUCCAAAAAGAAGUACUUCUGCUAUCGUAUCAUGCCUCUGCUUCUGGGACACCAAUGAAAUGGGAAGACUCUGAGCAACUGCUAAGCAAUGGAAUUGAUCCAGCUGAAUUCUUUUGUAAAGAACUGAGAGCAAAGGACACCUGGAAUGUGGAAGGUUCUGCCUUAUUUAUCAGACUGUUGUGCUUUUAAUUGAA